AUGGCUGCCCCGUCCCUCGACCUUUAUGGUGCAAUCGAGAGAAGAAUUUUCUCUGGCAAAAGUUUACCCACCCGUAAGAACUUGUACCGGCGGAAGAUUAUCGAAGACCCCUUGUGUCCUAUUUGUGGUCUGGAUGAUGAAAUUGCUCAUCACAUUCUCUGGCAGUGUCCUUCUGCUAGGGAUGUGUGGUGUGCAAGCACUAAGAAAUUGCAAAAUAGUUCUUACUUUGGGAUGGAAUUCCUACAACUUGUUGAAGCUGUUUUUGAAAAAUGUUCUAUGGAGGAGAUAAUACAAAUACUACGCAAGCCGAGGAAACAUAGGUGGAUUGCUCCCCUGGCAGGGUGGUUGAAGGUGAAUUGUGACGCAUCGGUGGGAAAGGCUAAAGGAUGGCUGGGAUAUGGGGCAUUGGUGCGUGAUGAUAAGGGGAUGGUGAUGGCGGCACAAUGUAAAACACUAUUGGGUAACCUUGAUCCAAUGCUAGCUAAAGUUGGAGCGGUUUUAAUGGCCAUCCAAUUGUGUAAGACGUUGGGCUUCCAUUCGGUGCACUUUGAAGGUGACUCACAAGUUGUGGUGGAGGGGGUCAAUUCAAUGGAGAGCGAUUGGAGUAGGAAGGGAUUAAUGGUGGAGGAUAUUAAACAUGAGCUCAAAGGUUUUCGUCAAUGGCGGAUGUCUUUUGUUCGUAGGGAAGGGAACCAAGCUGCACAUGCUCUUUCUAAAAUAGCCACAAUGACGGAGGUAAACCAGAUUUGGACUAAUAAGUCUCCUAAUUGUAUUCAAGAAAGUAUUCUGAUGGAACAUCAUGCUCUAUCUUCUUGA